AGCGUAGCACCUCGCAAAUGAUGCAGCGGAUGGUGUGAAAAGUUGCAUUGUUUUGUGAUCUUCUUGCCGCUACCAUCGCUGCGUCCCCGGGAACACCAUCUUGGAUUGAAACUAAGUACAAAACGCCAUAAAGCUGCUGAUCCUGCUCGAAUCCAGGGGGCUUGUUUGAAAAGCGUUCGACUAGCGUGAACAUCCGCAUACGUUGGUGAUAAUGAUGGAAAAGGUAAACACGCGGGGCUGUGUGUUCUCGUUGCUGUACUCGAUCGGCUCGUUCGCGCUGGCCUGCGCCAGUUUGUCCACACUCAACCCGAGUGAUCGAAUAUCGGUUGAGAAGGGCGCGCUGCUUAUCAGUCUGGGCUUCGUGUACUUUGUUGCGCUUACCGAGUUUCUAAACAAGCUGCUCCUGAAAACUUCGAUCGGGCAUAAUUUCGUCAAACGGUACCGAUUGCGUGUGUCGGAUGUGCUGGAUAUAACGAACAAACUCGUAUCCGCGGUACAGGCUGCCUUCUCCUGUAUCGCCGGCCUGUUCGUGUGUCGGUGGUCAUGCCCGAGAAACUUCCUGCACGCUUCCCACUUCCUGUCGGAAUCGUACGCCUGGUUCGCAGCGUCCUACUUCUUCUACGAUCUCUGGUCGAUGUACAAAAUCUACGCCGCUGAGGCGGCCACCAAGAUAAAGGCCAAACUUGGCCUCCAGCUUGCUCCGGGGUACAAUAAUAACGUCGGUAGUAACGGAGUGGCAAAUGGCAACGGUGCGUCACCAGCGGAUAAGGCAUUCCACUCUCAGCUGCAGGUACUGGACGACAUUCCUAGCGUGGGACAAGGAACGCUCUCCUUCGUCAACCCGUGCAAAACGGGAAUCCCUAGCUUUGCCAAGUAUCUGUCAACGCAUCCUUUGAUGGUGUUCCAUCACCUCUUCAUCGGUUCGUACGGGCUGAUCGUAAUAUCGUACCUCCGUGGAGGUUUGGGGGACUGCGUGUUUAGCUUCAUGUUCAUGAUGGAGCUUUCCACGCCCUUCGUAUCAUUCCGAAGCAUUCUGAGCGUGAUGGGGCUGAAGCAAUCGAAGCUGUACGUGGUAAAUGGACUCGUUAUGCUGGUCUCGUUCUUCUGGUGUCGUGUCUUCCUGAUGCCCUACGUGUGCUACUACUACAGCCAGGUGGUGAACAAACCAUUCUUUGAGGCCGUGUGGAACCUGCCGUGGGGAUGCAAGGCUAGUAUAUUGGCGCUGUUCCUGCCACAGCUCUACUGGUUCCGCUUGAUGGUUCGGGGUGCAAUGAAGGUUUUCUUUCCAUCGAAAACAACCCGCAACCCAGCCGGCUUGACAACAGCGUCUUGUGCAGAUGAUGGGACUCCUAACGGGGGCUCCAUGAAAUCUUCCCAAUCCAAAGAUAGCGAAGUGCGCUCGUUAAUGUAAUAGGUGAGAUUAGAAAAUGCAAUGUGCGCACGUUGGUAGUUGCAACGUGUGCGUCAUGAGCGUGUCGCGGAUUCGUGCUUUCUGUGUAUGAGAUCGUCGGAGGGCAUUCACGUUAAUGAAUAAGUGUUAUUUUGUGUGUAAUUUGAAUAUCCACAAACUUAUUGUAUGGUAGACUCAAUGUUGACAAAGCAUUUAAUGAGCGAACAAAAAGGGGCUGGAAUGCAUCGCGAGAUCGCACUAUGAUGGCAUACAGGAAAUAUCUUAUACCAAUGGCGGCUUACUCACUUCCAUGUAUACACAUAGGCAGACUGGUUGCUGUUUAGUUUACUAGUCAUAGUAGUUUUUUGUACGCAACAGAGUCAUAGCUUGAACCCACAACAACAAACUUACGCAGGGAUAAGCCGACGGAUCUUCCAGUUUUUUCUUGCCUUUCCCUGUUUAAUUAGAUCCGUUUUCUCUUACGAGCAUCCAUUUUGUUACCGUUGCCUUUAAGUUAUACCCGCAAAUGAAACAAAACCAAAAGUAGGAUUAUUGUCAUAGAGCAACAAAUGCCCCACAUUAUACUAUUGUUACAAGGAUACAUCCGGAUCCAAUGCAAAGGAAACACAAGAUUACUUAUACAGCGAACAUCCAACGUUAGAUGAUAGACUUUUUUGUGCAUUUUUCUACAACUUGAAACAGCGCACAAUGUUUUCGUGCGGAUACGUUUACGGAUAUACAACAUAUAUACAUAUACAUUCAAUCCCGAGUGUGUUUGGUAGAGCCGAAGAGAUAAGGAUCAACUAGGACGAAUAGGACAAUUAGCUGCUAAUUGGCGAGGGAGAGGAAGAUAGUCAAACGAUCAAAUCUAUUCAUAUAACUAAUCAAUGGAGCUUUCAUAUUUGUGUGAUGUUUACCUAUUAAUGGACACAGCGUGAAAUAAGAAGUAACAAACAUUUGAAACAUUUUUGAGGUCACAUCGCUCAUUGUUUCUCUAAUCAGCACAUGAAAGGAGUAUGAUAAAAAGACGAAAAGUAAAACCAGCUGUCGAAGGUUGGCAUUGGCUCGCAUGGUUGCAUAAAUACCACACUUGUUGGGCUAUGUGGGUAGGAUCUAAGCGUACAAUCUGAAACAGAAGCAGUUUCAUUUUCAAACUUAUUUGAACAUUGGCAGCGAACGUUCUUCUAGAAAUUGUGCACCGUUUAUGGCAGGAAAUACUGCUUCUGUAGAAACGAAAUGUUAGAGUGUCCGAUGUUUGGCGAAAGAUGGUGUUUGUGUAACGAUUUACAUAAAAUAAAUCAUAUAUUGGA